AUGGCAUGGAGAAAAGGGUGUGAGGAAGUGGCUAAUUCGAAGCCUCUGUUCCUCACGAUCUACACUGUUGUCAUCGUUGGCAUCGUGGUUUCCUCCUUCUACGUCUUCUCUGCUAUAUACUCAAGCAACCCACCUGCCGCUCAAUCUUCUGCAUGGCUCUCUUCCCUUUCGAGUGAGGAUACUCGUGCUUCGGAUCAGACACUAAAUGUUUCUCGGUCAGAAAUGGUGCAUACUGUGCCCACUCCUUCCUCAGGGCCACAAGAUGAAUGGCCAAGGUCUAUAUGGGAUGUUCCACCAACCAACAAAAGGAUGCCACCUUUGAAGGAUUUCCGGCUGACGAAGGCGCUGAUUCAGCAAAGGGUGAAGGAUAAUGUGGUAAUAGUGACAUUUGGUAACUACGCGUUCAUGGAUUUUAUUCUGACGUGGGUUAAACAAUUGAGAGAUCUGGAAGUUUCUAAUUUCCUUGUUGGUGCAAUGGAUACCAAAUUGUUGGAGGCACUGUAUUGGAAAGGGAUACCGGUUUUUGACAUGGGCAGCCAUAUGAGCACAUUAGAUGUUGGCUGGGGGUCUCCAACAUUUCACAAAAUGGGGAGAGAAAAAGUUAUCCUGAUAGACUCUAUACUUCCUUUUGGUUUCGAGUUGUUGAUGUGUGAUACUGACAUGGUUUGGUUGAAGAACCCACUUCCAUACCUUGCUCGUUAUCCAGAAGCAGACAUUUUAACUUCAAGUGAUCAAGUCAUACCAACAGUUGUUGACGAUAGUUUAGAAGUUUGGCAAGAAGUUAGUGGUGCCUACAACAUUGGAAUUUUCCAUUGGAGACCUACAGAGUCUGCAAAAAAAUUGGCAAAGCAAUGGAAGGAAAUGCUUGUAGCUGAUGACAAGAUAUGGGAUCAGAAUGGGUUUAAUGAUAUUCUUCACAAACAGUUAGGUCCAUCUGUUGAUGAUGAAAGUGGGCUUGUUUUUGCUUUUGAUGGAAAAUUGAAGAUGGGGAUUUUGCCUGCAAGUAUCUUCUGUAGUGGACAUACAUAUUUUGUCCAGGCAAUGUACCAGCAACUAAGGUUGGAGCCAUAUGCAGUGCACACAACAUUUCAAUAUGGAGGCACAGAAGGAAAGCGCCAUCGACUGCGAGAAGCCAUGCACUUCCUUGACCCACCAGAAUACUAUGAUCCUUCUGGUGGGUUCUUGUCAUUUAAGCCAUAUAUUCCAAAAAGCUUGAUGCUCAGUGGGGAGCAUAAUGUUGAAUCACAUUUUACUCUAGUUAAUUACCAAAUUAAACAGAUUAGGACAGCACUUGCAAUUGCUUCCCUUUUGAACAGAACACUGGUCAUGCCUCCUCUAUGGUGCCGGAUUGAUAGGCUAUGGUAUGGCCAUCCUGGUAUUUUGGAAGGGUCCAUGACUAGACAACCGUUUCUCUGUCCUUUGGACCAUGUAUUUGAGGUCAAUGUCAUGCUGAAAAAGCUCCCUGAAGAAGAGUUUGGUCCUCAAAUAGAUUUUAGAGAGUACUCAAUACUUGAUAACCCCUCUAUGCCAUCAGAGAUUAAAAAGUCAUGGCUUGAUGUUCAGCUCUGUAAAGAAGGAACUCAAGAUUGUGAUGUGUCAAAUGAUACCACCACUGUAGGGGGAGCACUUAAGUUUCCAAAGCACAGCAAUGAAGAAACGUUUAUGAAAGUAUUCUCAUCAUUCAAGGAUAUAAAAGUGAUCAAGUUCUCUUCAGUGCAAGAUGCUUUCCAAGGUUUCACUGACAAGGAAAGGGAAGAUAAAUUCAGAAAUCGUGUUAAGCGGUAUGUGGGCAUAUGGUGCUGUGUGCCAGAUCAUAGUCCUGGCCACAUAUAUUAUGAUAUGUACUGGGAUGAGAAACCAGGAUGGAAAGCAAUUCCUCCUCAAACUUCUGAGGAUGAUCAUCCCCCUUGGUAA